AUGUGGAGAUGGCACAAGAGCAAGCUAGAGAAAACGCGGAGGAGUACAAGACCGAGGAGAGUACGCACCUCGUUUACGUCUUUCCAGCUGAGCAAGCUGGAGGAGACGUUUAAGAAGAUGCCCGUCAUCAACAGACCGGUGAGGUACAGCCUGUCAUUGGAGCUAAAUCUGCAGGAAAAGCAGAUCAAAAUUUGGUUCCAAAAUCGCCGAAAGAAGGAGAAUGCUAGAGUUGCUGCGAGUAUGGCAACGGCCAUGAACUCUCCGCCGAUGUUAGACCAAAACCAGCUCACACAAAUGCCAUCAACGUCAUGGUACAACCCGAACUCUUCGACGAUAUAUCAACCCAUU